CAAAAUCAUGCCCAGUCUCAUCGAAACAGCUCCUGAGUCGGCCCGAAAGGAGAGGGUCUGCCCGCCAGGCUCAUGGGAUACACACUUUCACAUCUUCGAACUCGACCGGUUCGAGCUCUCCCCUCGGCGACAUUUCACCCCAGCUCAUACACCUCUUGCGGACUUUGAAGCUUUCCAACACAAGCUCGGAAUCGAACAUCCUGCGAUUGCCCAUGGACUUUCGUUCGGACUCGACAUUUCCUCGAUUUAUCGAUACCUCGAGUACUUUAACGGGACCGCCAGGGCAUUUGCAGUGAUCGAUCUUGAAACCGUGACUGAUGGAGAUCUUCGAAGGAUGCAUGAUGCUGGUGUAAAAGGGAUCCGGAUCGACUACCAUCAUCAUAAAGCACAACAUGACCUUCAGGAACAGAUCAAGUGUCUCAAAGCCUAUUCGGCUAGGGUCGCUCCUUUCAAAUGGGCGAUUCAGGUGUAUCAUCCUCAUCCAGAGUUUUGGUCGGAACUGGCUGCUGUGGUUGCCGAACUACCUACGCCAGUCGUCCUCGAUCAUUUUGGCGCCUUGAAGACCGCCUCCCUUGCCAAUUACACCCAAAGCGAGACCACCGAUUUCGAUGUGCUUCGGCAACCCGGGUUGGACGCGAUCACCACGUUGCUCAGAUCGGGCAAACUGUGGAUCAAACUCUCAGCACCUUAUCGUUGCUCGGAAGCCGGGCCUGAGUAUCUGGAUAUGGAGACACUCGUCAAAGCGCUGGUGCAAGCUAAUCCGGACAGAGUACUCUAUGGCUCUGACUGGCCCCAUACCCAACCGUUCCAUAGGAGACCCAAGAACCUGGAGCCAACCGAUAUCGAGCCAUUUGUAGAUUUUGACGAUUACACUUGGGUAAAAACGCUCAAGACUUGGUUGAGCGAGGAGGAGUGGCAAAAGUUGAUGGUGAAGAACCCGAGGGUGUUGAUGCAGUACGAUAGGGACGAUUGAGGCGGAUUUGUAAUCGG